UUCGUUGCGUUAAAUCUAGCUGCAUAAGAGCUUUUAGCAAGAGUGAGUGAGGUUAAAUCCCAUAAUACCUAAGUUCGCAAAUCAAAAGCUUUAAAUAAUGAAAAUAUUUUACAAAUUGUUAUUUGCCGCUUUAAUCAUGUUAUUUGAAAAUAGAUCGGGAGUGGCGCAGAAAGCAACAACCAUUAAGAAUGUACGGACAACACCAAGAAAAUUGCAUUCACAAAUCAGAAACCAGUGUAAAACAUUCAAAACUUUUAGAAUGAAACAACUUUGUAGAACAAUUGCGUCAGAUCCUAACGUUGUCGGAAUGGGUUCACAGGUACGAGCUUUUGCUAAAAACGCAGAUGAGCAGAAAUUCUCAGAAAGCAAAAUUCGAAAGAGAACAUCAGGUGCAAGAAGUUUAAAUUCAAAUUGGACCGGAUUCACUGUUUCGCCUAUUCCAUCUCGGUCAUUGCCUGAAACCGGAUUCCAGUGCAAAAAAUCUUGCCCAAGCCACGAAACAAUUGCAUCCGGACGUACACCUGCAUCAAGAAGCACUUCACCUUGGCAAGCCUGCUCUCACUACGAUCCGUUGAGAUUUCCACAGUGGCUUAAACUUGGAUUCUGCUCUUGCAAAGGAUGUAUCAACCCCACAACCAAGAAAGAAGAUACGUCUUUUGUGUCCGUACCAAUUACUAUUGACAUUACAGUACUAAGACGUGAUCCAAAUUUAUCGUUUAGUGAAUGUAUUAUUCCCAGAAAAGGUUGUGUAAAAACAAUACAAAAAGUUAUUAUAGGCUGCACGUGUACUUUGCCAACGACAUUAUAAAUAAUGCAUUAAUUAAUGUCACAUAUGUCAUUCAUAGGAUGAUUUAUUUUUUAUUCUGAUUGUAUAUCUUAUCACCAUAUAUUAUAUAUACAUAUAUAUAAAUCGAAAUGCG